CUGCUGUGGGUGAGUCUGUUCCUGACUUGCACCGUGUGCAUGGGUGUCCAGAUCGUGGAGAGGAUUGUCCACUACUACAGCUACCCCACGUCUGUCAACGUGCACGUCAAUUUUAACAAGACCCUCGCUUUUCCUGCCAUUACCAUCUGCAACCAAAACGCUUUCAGGGCCACAGCAGCGUCAGAACAAGGGGUGUACCGUCUCCUGGAGGAACUUUUCUCCAACCCUCUCAGUGUCAACGAGUCGACCUUGGCCCAGCACGGCGUCCUUGACCUCCCGAUGGACACGCUGUACAGGAUGACGUCACACAAGAAGGAAGAUCUUAUUGUCAGGGAAGUGACGUCGCGAAUGGACAAUCUGAAAUUCCAACACUUUCUGGCCCUGGAAAUAGCCGUGAGGACAAAAUUCCGAAAACUGCAGGAGGUCUUGACGGGUGACGUCACCAGCCGUAUCCAAGCCCAGCGCGACAACCUUUACGAGAUCCGUGAACGCAUGUCACAAGUGUGGGAGAGGAAAAAGUAUCUCUUGGAGUGGCAGAAAUACCAUGUAGAAAAGAAUUUCAUGCGCGCCCGCAACGCGAUGGAGGAGAGAACUAUGUUCUACUUGAUGCUGGGGUUCCAGGAGUUCUCUUUCCAAAUCGAAACUCGGAUCCGUCAGAUGGCAGAGCCACCCGACAACUUUACCAUGUCACAAGAUGUUCGCAGUUCCCUCUACCUGGAUACGAUGAACACACUGAUGGGCCGCAUUGAUCUCGCCGAGCGGGCCCACGCCAACUACACACAGCUGUACCAGGCAUACCACAACGGCACGCCCAUCUUCCGGUACAAGUUCCAGGAGGAGAAACGGGCAGACAACCUUCUGAUGACGCCCAAACCUCUGCUCCGCCAAUCUCUGUUCAGGACCUCCUACACCCGGAAGUACAGCAGUCGAGUUGGGAAGGACAUUCUGGAGAUAAAAAAAUAUCUGGAGUUCUACUCUGGCCUCGCCAACACGAGUUUCGCCAAUUGGACAGUGGACGAGGAUGAUAUGUACCUGGCCAAUAUCUUGUUUCUCAAUCGAGGCCGGCGUUUUUAUCAGAGCCGCAGUGUGUUCUACGUGGAGUCCGUGGAGUACCCACAGCGCGUCAUGGUGCAGAAGAUCGAGGACUUAGACCGGGCCUGGCGAGGGCUGGGGGAUGACCUGCGUCAGCUGACUUCAGGAGUGGACACUCUGCUGACCAGUCUGGCCGUCCUGGAGCAGAGCAUCAUGGCCAGACUACAGAGUCUCAUAGAGGUGGCUCAGGUGUACAUUGACCAAGGGAGCGUCACCAAGAUGCAGGUGGCUAAAGACCUGACAUCAGAUGACGUAUACGAAGGCAUCCACGACAUGAAAAACUUCUUCUUCGCUCUCCGGUCACGUGGUCAAGAGGUGUACGAUGGUUGGACGAGGCUGGUGUUGUCGACCAAUCAGGUUUGGAAGGCGGUGCUCAAUGAUGAAAACUUGGAAGAGUAUUGCGAAGCCAAAAACGUCGUGGAUUUCCUACGGAAUUAUACUGUCGUGGCUGAGGAAACGGAGAACAACUUUACUGCCAGUCGUGAUGCGUUCGACUUCCGGUACUCGCUGGGGAAUCUGGACAGUGAAUUCCUCCAAAGUCUGAACUUGUUGAUGGAUGAUAUGAGGAGCUAUAUACAGGAGGCCAAGUUGGAUUCUUCAUUUAUCAGGUGACAUCGGCGGCUCCAUGGGUCUUUUCGUCGGUGCGAGCGUCCUCACAAUCUAUGAGGUCAUUGACCUCCUGGUCCAGCACAUCAUCACCUCUCUCGCCUGUGGUCGGAGGCUGUCCUUGUGGCUCAAAUCCCUCACCUGUCAGCGGGCUGUCACGCGCACCAAGUGACCGGUGUGCCACGUCACGUCGUGUUCACGUCGUGUUCACGUCAUGUUCACGUCACCUCACGUUACGUCACGUCACCUCAUGUCGUGUCACGGCACGUCACAUAAUAAGUGGAAUAAUAAUAAUCACGCCGAAGUCUUGUGUCAACGUGACGUCACGAUAAUAGUAACAGCAACUAAAUGGAAAGAGGAGCGAGGGGAAAAACGAUUUGUUUCACCCGUUUUACAGUCACGAACACAUUGUACAUGUUUAUUCUGUAAUGUAAGUGUUGUGUUGUUCCACCCCUCAACAAAAUUUAGAACAUUUGGGAGGCGGGCUUCAACUCUGUGUAUCAGGGCCAACUCGGGAAGAGAAGGAUAUAAAAUCUCAGCAGAAAGACCGAGGUAUUCGAUUAAUUAAGUAUUCUACCCACUUGGGAAUCGAGCUCGAGUUUCUUGCGUGCGACGGUGAAGCACCUAACCGCUGCGCUACAGACACAGGUAGUAGUCAUGUAUACAUGUAACAUAACAUACAGCUUUUGCAACCGUACUCAAGAAAGUAUUCUAAACCCGUGGACGGCAAUGAUGGUCCCGAUGAAGAAACGACGUAGUUAGAACCACCACGGAGGAGCUGUCACGAUGUUGCCAUGCCGGCAAACGAGGAGGAGUCAAGGAUACGGAAAUUUGAGAUGUAUCGAUGAUAGAAUUUUCUACUCUGUAAACCAUAGCCUGCCGAACUGAAGCGUGAUAUAUACCCAAACCCCCCGCCCCAACAAUGUUUUAAUUUUACGUUACAUGGAUAAGGUUAGGAUUAGAGUUUGUGUCAGGUUUGAAUUUAGAGUUUGGGUUAGGUACGGGUUAAGCUUAGCGUGACGUUUAGAGUUAGGAUUACAGUAUUAUCUUUUUUGUUUGAUAUCAUUCGGUUUCCAAGCCUUGGGCCAAUAAAAUUUGGAGUAAGCUCAACCAGCAGCACAUCUAGAUCUAUAAUUAUUCUAUCAGAUAUCCAUUCUGGUAGUACAUUGUAGUUGUUUAUGUUGACUCUACCGUAGCGGUCAAAGGUCUUUAGUUUUAGUUAGUGUUUUACGGCAUUUGCAACACAAUAAGGUCAUAUAAGUGCCGAAGAUUAGAGGUGUUACAAGAGGUGCAAACACAAAAAGAAGGGAGAGAGAUAAAGACGAUAGGUGUUUGAUAGGAAAGAAGGAGCACAUGCCAACCACCCACAGGUCAAAGGUCUAAGUCAUAGAGCUAAAGUGAAAAUGAUAGCUCCUCGGCAGUUGGACAAAGUUUAUUACACCUGGUACAUGUAACAGACACGUCACGGUGGUCAGUGACUUCCAAGUCACCCACGCUGAAUCCAAGAGGAAUGACGCAGAAACAUCGGAUACUCUCUGGUGAUCUGUUGUGAUGAAGAAGAUGACCUUCUGUGUCGUGACGUCAGUCCAGUGGUCAGUCUUGACCUCCCUGAACGAACAAAGACACUGAGAUUUGGUGAUGCGCACUUUUUUGUAAUCUUUGUGUGGAAUUUAAUUACUAUAACAAAGUCUAUUUAUGGACAGCUCUCAGAGAUAUUAACCUGUAAAAUAAUUAAAACUCUGGCACCUUUAACUUUCAUUCAAAGGGGGAGGGGGGUGCACUUUUGUCAGGAACACAAUAGAUUAGGGGGAACAUGUUUAUUGGUGCAACAGCAGCACUGUUCUUGCGAGCUUACAAAUUCAAAACAAUUACAGCGAAAGAUCUUGUCAGUAUGUUAGUGUUUUAGCGCCUGUAAAUGGCUGCUUGCACUGUAUGCUUCCCAGGAAGUUGAGGUUGUGUCAGAAUGCUCUCCGGUCUGGUCUGCUGGGGUUUUAGUAUAGAUUGGGAAGUGCAUAAAGCUUCCUAUUUGAGAGGGGAUUUGCGCUAUACAAAUACAAAUGCUAUCUAUCUAUCUAUUAUUUGUAGGGUCCUUGUUUCGGUAAAACAAAAGUAUCUCCCCUCUCCUCCCCUCCCCCACCAUCUUUUCCUCUCAUUUUGGACUACCCGUACUUCAUAUAGAGGACAAUUUUGGGGUCACAGCGGGGUCAUAGUGGGGUGACAGUUAUGUCUCUGUUGAAGGAGCAGGAAAUAGCCGGUUAUCUUGAUGGCCCUUCCUUAUAUGAAGAAAUCAGUCUGUUGACACAAAUACAUGAUUCAUAAUAUCACAA